AUGAAGACAACGACGAAACUGCAGAUGACCAAAACAUUCAUCUUUUCAUGGAUUCCAGUGACUCAGAGUCUGUGCAAGAUGAAGACCUCUCCUGUCAUGAGGUUGAGAAAGUGGUCAAAGAGGAGCAGAGUGAAGCCAAUCCUCACAUACAAGAUGGGGAGGGGCAUGGAACUUAAUGAACAUGCUGCCGACAUAAACGAGCGCUUCACUCAACUGCUGAAUUCAGUCAACUCCAUCGAGGAGAAGGUGGCGGCUCUGGAGUCGAACGACUGUGCGGGAGAAACAUACUCAAAGAGGAGAAGACGGGUGCACAAUCCCAAGCUUGCGGAAGCAGUUCGCCGUCUUCACAACUCAAAGACUAAUCCCAGGCGCUACGAACCAGAGCAAGGACUAAUUUCUCCUCAUAAUGAGGCAGUGACCUCCUAUUUGCUCAAAGCAGUAUCUGAAAGUCAUGAUUUACACAAUGUUGAUAAAGACCGCAUUGUGUCCGCCUGUAAGACCUAUUACGAGACGCUCGGAGUCGAGCGAGAAGAAAGAGGCUGCUGGAAUCGAGACAGAGCGUCCUAG